AUGGCGCUUCCUCCGGUGGGAACAGGGCUUCCCGCCCACGUCGACGAGGCUCGGCGUCUCUUCCUCUCGCUUUUUCAUCGCGAGGGCCCCCCGUCGCCCCUGCCAGGCUUCGCUCCGCUGUCUCAUAACGCACCUCUUCCCGCCUCUCUUGCCUUUUCUUCUUUCUCUCCUGGGCUUCCGUCCUCUUCUUCGCACGACGCGCAGAGAGGCCUGGCGCAGCUCGAGCCGACCCUUCUGACGUGCAUCAAAAGCCUGAAGGACGCUGAAGAGGCCUUGACCGAGGCGGGUAGACGGUCUCUCUUUCUUUCGCUCUUUGGUGCGGAGGACAGGCGAGGCGAGGGUGACGUACUGGCAGGGCGAAAGGCGUUCCCCGACGGAGGCGUCCCAGCGAAGAGCCUCGAGGAAACCGACGGCCUGAUCGGCGCAAUAAGCAAAGCCGCGCUUCUUCAAGAACCGCCUCUCCUUUCCACUGCCAAGCGAAAAGGCCUCGAACUCUGCCAGCUAGCCGUUGCGACCUUUGGUGGGGUGUACAUACACCCGAGUGCGAUUCCCCGCAUCCAGCAAUCCUGUCUGCAUCUCUUCCGUGUCGACAGUUCUCAAAACGUGAAGCGCGAAGCCUUGCUGCUGCUGAGAGACACGCUCUUCGCAGUCGUCUCAGCGGCGUCUCUCCGCGCGUCGGCACCUGUCUCGUUUGUCUCGUCUGUCUCCUUUUCGCCGCUGAGGGAGGAUGAGACAGCGCGCUGGCUGGUCGAGCGCGCGGCGCGCACAAACCGAAGCGCAGAGGAAGAAGGACGCGAAAGAGAACAGACGAGCGAGACAGAACAAGAAGAAGAGGACGAGGAAGGAGAAAGAGACGACGGGGGGCUCUGUCAAGGAGGAAUGAGAGGCGAAGAUGACAUUGAAAGGAGAAUUGAUUUGCCGACGCUCCUUCGGCAAGUCACGGGCGAUCUCCUCGAGAGGAAAAAAACUCUCGGCUCUUCGGUCCUGGCAGCCGCUGUUCUUCUCCUGGGGAGUCUGUCGUAUCUGUUUCCUUCCUUCUUCGUACGGCACCCCGGUUGGCGCGCUGACCUUUUGCAGAUCUUCGUACAUGCGUUUCAGCCCAGCGAGACGUCUGGGAAGCCUCUCGAAGAGUCCCUCCUCCAGGCUGCGCUCGAGGCUCUCCGAUAUUUCUUCAAACGCCACGCCUCCUGCUUCUUCGCUCUGGCGCGCCGUACUCGCCUCGCCCUCUACGCCUCUGUCUCGGUCCUCGCUUCUCCCGACUCUCUUCUUUUCUCUUCACCCUCCGAGGCAUCCGCAGCUGGACAACGGCGACUCGCGGCGAGAGGACUGGGAACGGAGGCUGCAGCGGACGCAUGUGCCGCGCAUGCCAUGCAAGAAGGGGGUAGCCUCAGAGCCUCGUCUCUGGCGUCGUCGUCUCCGGGCUUGGUGUCUGGGGGAUCCUCGACUGCCGCGUCUCUUCCGUCGACUGCCUUCCGCGUUUCUGCGCGUUUGUCGCCUGAGGCGCCUCUUUCUCUGGGGGCGAGGAAGGCGACAAAUCUGUCCAUCCAGCUCGCCGGCCUUCGGCUUCUCCAAGCGCAUGCAGACCUUUUUCUGGAGGGACUCGUUGAGGAUGUAGUCUCUGGAGAGGCCAAGCGGGCGAACCUCCCCCAGGAGGACCGAGGACUGAAAAAGGAGAGGACAGCUGCAUCCGCAAAGGAGAGUGCUGAACCAGGAAUGCUCUCCUUUCUUCGCCACCCUGACAGAUUCUCCACGCUGCUGUCUACAGAAAAAGGAGGCAAGGACCAGGUCCACGCACGGACGAGAUGCAUUCUCGACCGUCUCCUUUCUCUCGCGACUGAGGGGCGAUCGAAUCCGCGCCUUCGCGCGGUCGGUCUCUCUGCUCUCGAGGCAGUGAUUCAGAGUCUCCUUCGUUUUUCGUUUCGGUCUCCAGAGAUCUACCGGACGGUGUCUCCGGCCUUCCAAGCCGCAGCGCCUCGCCACAGUCUUCAUGGAAAGGAGGAGAGCCAGAGAGAGGGCGAGGGAGAGAGAUUGAAGGAAGACGCAAGGUUUGAACCUGCGCUGGAGUGUCUUGAGUUCUCGGAACACGAUCGUGCCGCAAGCAGGCAACGCCUCCAGCGCCUUCUUUUCCAAGUUUGUCGCGGUCUGCUUCUCGCCUCGCGGGCCGCCUGCGGAUUCAAAAGACUAGCGAUCUUCGCUCUCGAUACUGAGGAAGUCGCCGCCGUUCUCAGACAGUGUGCUGUCUACGGACGUCUGUUGUCGCUCCUCUUGAACCCGGCAGUCUCUUCAUGCGGCCUCUCCUCGCCCUCUUCUCCUCAAUCGUCUUCUUCUCCCCGUUCUUCUUCUCCCUCGUCUUCUCCCUCGUCUUCUUCGUCUGCUUCUUCUUCUUCACCUCGCUCCUCCUCAUCUGUUUCGUUUUCUCGUUCUUCCGUUUCGUCUCGUUCAUCCCCCUGUGCCGUCUCGUCAUUGUCGUCAUCCGCGGCUUCUGCGCUGUUCCAAGAAUGGAGUCUGUGCGGCAUUCCAGAUGUCUCGGCCGUACACCUGGGCUUUGAAGGCGCGGCGCGGCUCCUCCGCGUUUCGCGGUUCCUCCUCUCGGAAAUAAAGAUUCCUCCGUCUUCGCGAAAGUCCUUUUCUCUCCAAGAUUCUGCCGCAGGGGCUGACACAGCGGCAAGCAGAGACACCCUGUCCCUGGUCAUGGUUGGCAUGCUCGCGAAGCACGCGCCGUUUCUUGUUCUCGCCGCCGCGCGUCUGCUUUGCGGCUUUUUGCAGCCGCUCGUCCGCGAACGGGAGGCGACAGGAGGCGGAAUCGUGGAAGGACGAGGAGACACAGACACGCAAGGCGAGGACAGGAAAACGAGAGAAGACGCGGGGGGCUGUCCACGAAAGUGGGGGACGACGCGGUUCGAAGCCAGACUCGAAGACGAAAACAAAACGGUUCGAGAAGAAGUUCGAGAAGAGAGCCGAGAAGUUCGAGAGCAAGGAAAGGAAACAUUUCCCCGAUGCACGGAGAAAAGAUUAAGAGAGAGGAGGAGUCUGCGGAGGCGGAGACGAUACAGAGAAGCCGUGGUGACUCGUGCGGCAAAGAAGCUCUGGGGAACCCUGGCCGAAACCACGCGCCGGCUGGUUCGCCUGUUUAUUCAAACGGACGCGCUCUACACGUCUCCCGAGAAAAAAGAACACAUCAGUCGAGCCGUUGCGGCUGCAUGCGCCGCGCUAGCGAUGGGGCGCUGUCUCGAGGAGGCACGAACGGCUGACGCAGCAAGGACAUGGAGAGAAGAGGAAGGAGAAAGAGGCGAAAGGGAAGGAGGAGAUGAAGGAGAAGAAGGAGAUGAAAGAGACGAAGGACACAGAAAAGGAAGCAGAGAGGAAGAUGGCGAAGUGGGAAACAAGAGGAAGAGAGUCGGGACGACAUUGCAGGGAGGAGAGGACUCAUUGAGGAAACGGCAGAAGACGGAAGAGAAGCAAGAAGUGAGACUGCGAGAGGAAGUGGAAGAACGUGAACCAGAGGAGGCAGAAACGGAAGCGGAGGACGAAGAAGAGGGAGGAGAAGAGGAGGAGGGAGAAGAAGAGGAGGAGGGAGAAGAAGAGGGAGAGGGAGAAGAGGAGGGAGAGGGAGAACAAGAGGGAGAGGUGAGAUUGUCGGCUGGUGAGCUUCUCGCGGUGGUUGUUGAGGAGACAGUUCUCCUGGGCAUUGACGGAGGCGGGGAACGUGGAAUUGUGGAGGAAGAAGCGACCGCAUCUGCCCGCCAGCGACUUGGAGACGAAGAAGGUGGCCCGGGAGAAGUCGAAGAGACGGUGCAAAACGACGUUCGCUUCAGCGGCGAUGAGGGAAACGUGAGGGCGAUUGGGGAGCUCUGGAGACGCGCCCUUGUCGCUCUCGAAUCAGAGGACAGGGGCAAGUUUAUUGCCUUCAUUCCCGCUCGCCUCGCGGAGGAAUCGCCUGGAGAAGAAGACAGCGGCGUCUCCUCUUUUUGGGGCUCGAAGGCGAGAGAGGCUGCCACCACGAGGCAGAGAGUGCGAGUUAAGUGCAAGGAAAGCGAUCAGCGAGAAGCAGGCAGAAGAGAGCUUGAAGACAUUUCCAGAGGCGGAGGACCGGAAGGGCGGGAAAGGGGCGAGCUGGCCUUUCGCUUUCCGCCGUGUUCUGUCCCUUUCGAUUCGCCUCUCUCGAUACCUCAGCAGGUAGCAGACAGUCUCCUUCGCUCUGUCCUCGCCGUGUACCGUCUCGCCCUGGGGGCGGUUGGCCUUAUCAACCGCACGCAGGAGGAGUUGUCCCGGCAGUUAAGAGAGACAGUUCUCUCUUCCAUUUCUGCAGACGGACCAGCGGCGUCUUGUGCAGAAGACAGCGCCUCUCUCUGCGUUUCCCCGUCGUCUUUUCUUCCGGCCUCCUCAGUGUCCUUCGACGCGCAGGCUUCGCUCUAUGCGCUCCACGCGAAAGAGGGGACUGCAGGCACUUCCACAGAAGGCGGGAGAGAGAAGAGACAGAACCGAACGACUGGAGAGAAUGACGAAGGAGAGGGAGAAGGAGAGCAAGAAGAAGAGCCAGACGAGGACCACGACGCGGGUUUUCCCUCCGCAACAUCGACACGAGCAGCCGCAACUGUCUACGCCACGGCAGUGGUGGAUCGACAAGCGACAGGCAACGAGGCAAUUCUCGCGCGUGUGGCUUUGCUUCUUCAGCGCGCCUUCGCGGACGACGCAACACUCUUUCCCCUGCUGCUCCCGUGGGCCGCCGCAUUCGUUUCUUCAGCUACCACAGCCCUCUCCUCUGAGGACAGUUUCUCUCCGCUGUCUUCCCCCGGCGCUCUCGCCGUUCUCCAGUCUUUUCUUCUUGCCUGGAAGGAAGCCGAGAGACGUGCGCCGCCCAUACAGACGGCCCGCAACCACAGCGAACACGAGCAAACAUGUCUCGGCAUCAACUCGCCUUCUUCUCCCUCUUCUUCUCCCUCUGCUUCGCACGUUAUCCGCUCAGGGGCUUCGGCCUCGGCUUUUAUUUCUGGUUCGUCGUCUUUGCAUCCCUCUGUUUCUCGCUCGACUCGAUUUUCCUCCAGACGUUCAGCGGGUCGCGUCAGCGCCGCCUGGCGUGCAUGGCAUGCGUGGCGUGCGUCGGUGGAACGACAAAUGAGCGAGUUUUGGGUGGAGGUUGCGGGCGCAUGCAUCGAAGCGGCGACGCUAGCUGCUGGUGACGAAGGCGAGACGGCGGGGCCGCUCGCAAAUGCAGACUCGUCGGAAGGCGCGUCUGUGCGGGGACCGGUCUCUCUUCUUCUUGCAGCACCACCAGCGGUGCUUCUCGAGCAGCUUGCGCUUCUCCGGCUCCUGCUUCCACGCGCCCUCGUGGAGGGACUCGCAGAUGCGACGCUCGCGGAAGAGGCACUGUUGCUUCUCGAGCAAACGCUGGCCGCCAUCGAAACCGCGGCGCAAAUCCGGGCUGCGCCCGCACUUCCCUCGUGUGUUUCUUGUACGUCUUCUCUUUAUCCUGUCUCCUCUCUUGUACUCCCCUCCGGCGCCUCGUCGCCUUCUCCCACUUCUCUGUUUGGUUCGCGUGGAGCCUUCGCAUCUUCGCCUUCUGAUUCAUCUUUGAAUGAUUUGCUGGCUUGUUUCCAAGAUCUCGUGAGUGCGCUGCUUCCUCUUUUGAGACCGUACGUCGUCGCCGCUGCAGCCGGCAGUCGGACGGCUCCACCUGAAGAGAAAGGAGGAGAGAACGCAGGCUCCCUGCGCCGUAGGUCUAGCAGCCGAAUGUCCUCUCUCUCGCGUUCGUCUCUCGCGUCUUCUGGCGUCUUGGCAUUCACGACUCGACGAGGCGGCAGCAAAGUGUCGGGAGGCCGAACGGGCGGAGACCCUGCGGCGAGGGUCGGAGCGGGGACACAAACUUUGCAAGCUCGCCGCCGCGAUUCGGCAGAUCCUAGAGUGGCGAUAGGUUUGCGGAUUUUGCGGUUUCUAAGCGAUGCGGGCAUCCCGCUCAUAGAUGAGACUGACCUCCCAGGAAGAGAAAAGACACCUUCGGACGAACUAGUUCCCGUGGUCCCCGUAGGCUGCACAGAAAAAGAAGAGACUGAAACGCAAAAGCCGGAGGCGUCUCUCAGUCUCCGUGCGUCGCUCGCCCUCAUUCAAACCGACCAGCCUCAGUUGGCUUCCUGUUUCGCCUUCAGCCUUCAUCGUCUUUUUCAUGUCCCUCUGGAGGUCUUCUCGCCUUCCGUGGAGCUGUCAGGAGGACGGGCUCCGCAGCCCAGACACGCCGACUGGAAGCUGCAUGGCCUCGCAACGCUGCGCUUCGACGACCUCCUGUCCAGGGUAUGUACAGCUGCGUUAGGCGCCACGGAUCGCCAGCAUCGGGCUACCGCAUGCGAACUUCUGUUUGUGUUCCUCUCCUACGUUCGGGGACAGGCGGCGCGUCUUCUGGCCUUUCUGAGAGACGCAGAGACGAGAGAGCGGGAUCAGAUUCCUCUGGGCGGUCGCCCGCAGCCGACGACGCAAGAGGGAAAUCGAGACGAUUCAGACGACCUUCGCACACAGCAGAGAAUCUGUCGACAGCUGGUGGCCGCGGUGUAUCGGCACACAGUGCCUACCCUUCUUCGCCUCUGCAGCGAAACGAAACGCGACGCCAUUCCCAGAAACUGCCUCUUUCCACUGCUGUCACAAAUCGCCGCGGAAGUCGCCCAGGAGAGCUGCACAUGUUGGGACGUUGAAAAUGGCCUCGAUGAAAGGCUUCUGGCCAUCGAGUCCGUUCUCUUCAGCGCGCUGACGGCCCCGUCGUCGACACCGUCUCUCCGUUCCUUAGCAUCUUUCGUCUUUUCGUCCCUUCUUCUUCAUCUCAUUCAAAUCGCCUUCACCAGCCCCGCGGCUCUCUCUCCUGCUUCGGCGUCCUCCGCUCCCUUUUCUCCUUCCUCCUGUCUCCAAGGCCAGUUUUCGUGGGGACACGCACCCCCGGCGACAGCCGCAGCACGCGACGUGGCGUCUGAGGCGUUUGAAUUGCAUGCAAAAGCAAAGCGAGCAGCGAUCGCGGCAGCCUCGCUCGCAGUGUGCGCGUAUCUGCUUCAGCGUCUCAAACUCGCCCUGUCGCUUCCGUCCCCCGCCGCGCGUCUGGGAACUGCCUCAGUGCUCUCUCGUCUUCUCCCCGUUUUCCACUUUCUCGCAACAAAUGCGGACGGCGAGUCGCAGCCUGCCGUUUUCCGCGACUUCUUUGUGACGAGGCUUCCUGACUGGCUUGUCACCGUCCUCGCGGCUCUCUCGGCGCGAACCCGCCGAGACGCGAGGGCCGACGGGACAGCGGAGACACCCGACGAGACCGGCCAGGACGCGCUCCACACGCCGUGGGAAGGGGCCAGGAGGACGAGGCCGCAGACUGGAGAAGCGUUGCAGGCCGAAUCAACUGCUCGACGGGAAGGCGCCGAAUCUUGCCCAACACGCGUUGCUGGGAAGGAAAGAGGAAGAAGCGAGGAGAAAAUCCCGAGUCGAGAAGCGGCAGAUCACAGGCAAGAAACGGAGAGGUCGAGUGCAACCGAAGGCGAGAGAGCGAGUUCAGACGCGCGCCGACGCGGACGGAUGAAAACAGUCGACUUGCAGUGCGACGUUUUCUUCAGCGAGACGGAGACAGAGAGACAGCAUGCAGACCGGACAGAGCGAGAGGGAAGAAUGGGGAAGAGGCGUACGCCACGCGACGGGAUGCCUGCGAGCUUCGAGAAAGCGCAGGAACAAGGUGUUAGAGAAGGCGUCCUUUCUCUUCGACGGAAACUGGGGCUGCAAAGAGCCUUCGAGCGAUCUCUGGCGCCCCUCGCAGCCGGGAUGGCGUCUGCGCUUGUGAGCCGGCAGACGCUGAGAGAACUCGCUUCUGCGGAAAAGGGAGAAAGCGACAGCCGAGGUCGAACAUCUGGAUGCCCUCAAGACACCAGUGCAGGCCGAGCCGGACCUGCACGUGGAGACGGAGCGACCGCCUCGGCGCGAACCGGAGCCGACAAGCUGGGUCGCCUGACGGGCGCUCUCUGGACAUACGCAGUGGGCGAACCCUCGAGAGCCUGCGCGUCGAUCGCCCGCGAGACGCUUCUCCAUCUGGAAGCUUUUAUCGAGGGCGAGGGUUUGCAGUCGCUGCGGCUGUCUCCAGAGACACCCUGUGAAGUCGCGGACACCUGCGGCGGAACCGCAUCGGGGCGAGCCUUGGUCGGAAGAGAUCUACGUCGAUGGCCGACAAAAGCGACUGCGCUGCGAACGCUCGAAUCCGCGAUGCUGGAGUGUCUAGGGAGCGCGACGGAAGCCGGAACCGACACGGAUGUAAAUCAUGGACCAGUGAACCCACCUGAUAGUCUCUCUUCUUCUCCUUCCUUUUCUUCUCCUUUGUCUCGUUCUUCGAGUCGGUCUUUUUCGACGCUGUGGUCGACUCUCACUGCAUUCGCCGCCGCCAUGGAGGCAGGCGCCUGGCUGCUGGCCGUAGGCUGGCUCUCUCCUGCUGACCUCGUCGAGUCGGAAACCGGCCGCGCUCUUCUCUCAGUCACACGGGUAUGCCUCUGUGCUGCUCCGCCUGCAGUCGCCUCUCCUUCUUCGUCUCUUUCUUUCUCUUCCAGUGGGUUUUUGGCUUCUCUCGACGCGUGUGCGUCGACUGGCGCCCGCGAGGCUGGCGACGUGGCCCGAGCUGUUGUCCAUGGUUUCGCGAGCUCCUGGGGCCUCUCUGGGGCUCUCGUCGCUUCUCGGCGGUGCGGUCCGUCUGAGGCGCGCUUGCUCGUCGAGGCGAGAGGAACUGUCUUUUCAGCGGCUCUUCAGACUGCGCUUCUGCAACAGUCGCCUUCUCCGCCUCUUCGUUCGGAGUCUCCGUUUUUGUCGGCGUCUUCUGCGCGGAACUCAUCGGCCUCGGACAGGCAGACCUCCAAUCUAGAGGGAGUUCCCGGCGGGGCGAGAAAGCCCGCUGCGGCGGCGCACUUAAGAGAGAACACGAAUGGUGCAAAAGAGGGGGAAAAAGGAACUGAGUCCUCCCAGACCGAGGAGACGAGACGCCAGGAGACACAAGAACGGAGGGAAACAACGGAAGUCGGCCGAGAGAGAACGUCGUGUGAAUCAGUUUCUGCGCGAACUGCCUCUGCGGCAUUGGCGGCAUGGCCGAGUGGUUCGAAAGAGGGUACUGUGCAUUUGUUUGCGAACCUUUUCGGCGUGAUUCUCGCCCCCAAGAGAAGUAUGUGUCUUCCUGCAGAAGGCCCGCUCCGGCAACUGCUUCUGCGCGACGCGCUCACUCUGAGAAAGCGUCUCAUUGCAAGGACAGAUGAGGAAUGCAGUGCAGCGCGACCGCCACCUGGGAAUCUGGCAAGAAGGCCGAGCAAAGUUGGAGAAGGAAGGGAAAAAGAAGACGACGCACGCCAAGACUCAAGGGAACUGGACAGGCAAGGGAGAGGCCAGAAGGAAAGACGCCGCCAGCGACUAGAACACAAGGACAGAGCGAGAGAGAAAACGGCUCCAGGAGAAGAGAGAGAAGAAGAGAGAAGAGAAGAGGGAGAACAAGAGAGAGAAGAAGAGAGAGGAGAAGAGAGAGGGUGCCAAACGGUGGACGUGUUGGAACUGCAGGCGCUACAGCUCUGGCUGGCGAGAAAUCCUGAGUUUGAUCUUUUUCGCCUUUUUCUCGAGAGGCCACGCGGGUUUCUGUUGAGGAACAGUCGAGCGAGACGCCCUUUUUCUCCUGCAGAUUCGGUGGAAAGAAUGGCGCGCAAACCGCGUUUUUUUAGCGAGGAAGGAAAACUCGUAAACGAAUGGAAACAGACGCGCAGGGCUGCCAGGAGAGAAGACGCGUCCUGCCUGUCGCAAAGCGCAGGAACAGAAUGCGAGCUACCUGAACACUUCCCGGAGACGGACACCACACUCCACGAGAGAAACACCAAGGACGAGGACAGAAGGACUGUUUCCCUUCUGGGGGAAUCCUCGUCUCUUCAAUACAGAGGACAACCCAACGUUCUCGACGAGUUCCUUGAAUCUCUCGCUCGUCCGCCAUCUUCGGAUUUUCCGUCAUCCCUGUCCCCUUCCUUUUCUUCUCCAUUUUCUUCUCUGUGUUUGUCUACGUCUCUUUCGUCGCCUCCGCAGGCUGCGGCGUUGGGCGUCGCCGAGGCCGUGGCGGCGUUCGCGUCGUGGGUUGAGGGUGUCGAGGCUCUUGCCGGGGACGGAUUCUUUUUUUUUGAAGCUUGCUCACGCGGAACCUGGCUCUGGACAUGCGGGGAGUCUCUGACUGGGAGAGACGGAAAGGGCGGCAUGCCGCGUUCUUCAGAAUCUCCGACUUGGGUGCCUCCAACCGGGCGCGCGUCGGGUCUCGCGGCGCCUGCGCCAGGUUUGUGCUUGGCCCUCGCAGAAGCCGUGACGCAUGCACUGGUAGAAAGGCGUGCAGGGCGGUUUGGGGGGAAAGUCGAGACUGCCUCGGGCGUAUGGACACCUGCGGAAGCGGUAGUGGUUCGUGAAUCGACGCAAGUGCUGGCCCUUCGUCUCCUUCUGCUUUUGCUCGCCUCGCCGUCGCUUUCCGUCACAGGCAGACGCGGGCGCGAAGGGAAGGCGGAGGUGGACGAGACCGGAAGGAAAGUCGAAGGGAGGGCGCAGGACUCUCGGAAUCCAGGAGACCCAGGGGGAGGAGAAGGGGAGAGGGGAGGCCGGGAAAAAGACCGGGAAGGAGAGAGGCGGGCCGAAGGAAGGAAGGCGCGGGAGACGCACGUCGGCGCGCGAAUUGGGAGCUGCCUCUUCCUCCUCCUUGCGGCUCUGCCAGCCGGCACCUUUUCCGCGCUUUUCUCUCUCUCUGCCCCGACUGAGGGAUCUUUUGGGACGACACCCCGCUCUCGGCUUUUGUCUCUGUUGGCGACGCACGCAGAAAGUGCGUUCGCGUGGUGCGUCAGCUUCUCGCGUCGGACGUCUCCCGACUUGGCCUGCCUCUCGCCUGCUGCGUUGAGGGCGGGGAGGCGAAACUCCUCGUCGUUUCCUUCGCGUGCAUGCCUUCGGAGGGACUUCUCGCCCCUUCUCGCGCGCGGCUUUCUCAGCUGCCUCCACCGCCUCACAGGCCGCGUCCGAGAAAGCUGCGCCGCUCGUGGUCCCGCGACGCCGGAGACAGGAGACGGGUUCGAAGGAGAGCAAGACGUGGAAGGACCAGGGACGAACGCGCGCGACACAAGGAAAGAAGGGCAACCCAGCGAGGAGGCGUUGCUCGCGCAUGCGCUCCUCGUAGGUCUGUCGGUGUGGCAGCUUGAGACGACCUGCCUCGGGACUCGAAGCGCGAGGACGGACGCGCAGGAGACUCUGAGAGGAGAGGAGCGGCACGCGUCAGACCACGAGAGCGCACAAGUGGACCAGGAAGCCGCAAAAGAAGAACAUGCGGAGGAAGGCGAGGGCGAGAAACAAAGUUUGAAAAGCCCUACGAGAUGGGCCCCGUCUCCUGAUGUCGGCAUGGCGCAUCCUGCGUCUGUCUGUUUACAUGCGUCUCUAUUCCGUCCGCUAGGAAAUCUGUUGCAGUCGGUAAGCUCGUGGACGCUCUUCCUCUCUCGUCUUCGGUCCUCCCCGAGAGUCCUUGAGGCGCUUCUGGCCCUGGCGCGCGCGUCUGCCGCCUCGUCGCCAAACACCCAGCCUCUGUCGGGUGGCUCUUCGGCCUCGUCAGGCUUCUCGCCCUCGUCUUCUCUCGGGGACAUCCCCAGCUCGGGAAGGUCCGCAGUCCUUAUUGCAGUCGGCUGCCUCCUCUUCAAUGCUCAAACGCUUCACACGCUGCUCUCUGAAAGAACGGGAGACUAUCGUUUUGCUGGCACCUCAUCCCCGCCUUCCUCUUCUUCGUCGUCUGCGCCUUCAUCAUCUUCGUCUUGUUCCUCAAAUGCUUCUUCAUCUUCCUUCUCUUCUUCCUCACUUUCUCCGUCUGUCCCCUUUUCUUCUUCGUCUCCGUCCCCGUCGCUAGCUGGGACGAACUUUGACGACGCAGAGGAGACGAUGGAUGAGGAGGACUCGCGAAGGAGCGCGGCGAGUGAGAGCCGUGCGAGAGGGAAAACACUCGGCGAAAUGCGCCCUCCGAUCCACGCUGCAGUUGGCCGGUUUCUUCAGCUGAUCGAUGUGUCGGUCGCCACGCACUUCCCGCUGACCUCGCGCGAGUUUGGCGAUAUGCUGACGGCGCGAACGCGCUUGGAGGCCUGCCGCAUGCGAAGCCUGGCGAGGCUCUUGGGUGUGCUCAGAAAACGUUUGAAAAACAAACUCGAAGGGAAGUCUAGCGAGAGGGAAGCGCCUGCGGCUGCGUCACGGCAGGCCGCCGAGGCCGAUUUCGUUUUUUACCUUUUUCUUCUGCAUGCAAUGAUGAGAAUGGCUGUUGACAGCAUCUCUUUUCUGAGCCCCUGGAAGCAGCGCAUGGAUAGCGAAGACUCCGCAGAUUUGUCAGCGAUGGAAAGCCUCGUGCGCGCACAGAAAAACCUCGGCGCGAUCCAGCUCUUCGAGCGGGUUUUUGCCUCCCUUGCGGAGCGCGGGCAUCUCCUCCAGGCCUCGGUCUUUCACUUCCUAAGAAGCCUCGUGCGUCGCGCGUCGUCGGCACCUCUUCGCGUCCGAGCAUCGCUUCUCCUCCUCUGCAUUUCAACCUUCCUCUCAACCCCCUACGGGUUUUGCCCACACGUCGUUCCGUCACCUUCUUCUCCAUCUUCGUCUCUGUCUCCUUGCUCGCGCUUGUCCUUUUCUUCGUCUCGGCGAGGGCCCGAUGUCUGCCGGCUUCCUCGCGACGAGGGCGAGGCGCAUUUGCGGGUGACUCUCAUGGAGAGGGUGUUCCUUCCGCUUCUUGUCCGUGAACGCAACGUCCACUUUCUGGUGUUUCUCUGGAAAACCUUGACGCCUGCACUUCUCUCUCUGGCCGCGCUCCCGGGUGUCCACGCAGCUCUGGCGAACCUCCCUGACUCCGGAGGGACCGGCCAGUCUUCGCGCGCCCCCAGUGACGCCGGCGAUUUCCCUGCGCUCGUGUGCCAGGCCUUGCAGGUUACAGAGCAAGCCACACGACUCUUGGGAGUUCACCAGCGACCGCCAAGCGCGUCGGACGGCCCUGACGACUCUGGGAGACAGCGCACAAGUCACGCGGAGGACGCGCAAAGACGCGCGGCGUGCGUCGCUCUCAGGUGGGCAGUCGAAAGAGCGGCUGUCGCUCUUGGCGUCUUCGAAGUGCUUCUCUGCGUCACGCCGGCCGGCGUCUUCCGAACGGAAGUCGCUCUCGCGCUUUCGCCUUCUCUCACUUCGCGAUCCGCCACUGGAGGUGACAUUGCCCCCCAAAAGGCAAGGGAAGCCGCCGCUUUGAGUCGGUUUCUUGCCAAGACCGCGAAUGCCGCCAAAACGUUCCUCGUGGCUUCGCAUCUCUCGCCUUCUCUGCUCUCUCCACAAGCUGACCCUCCUUCUCUUUCCGCUUCCUCUUCUUCACCUUCUUCCUCUUCUUCUUCUGCUCCACCUUCUUGUUCGACUUCGGUUUCUGCUUCUCUUUCGGCGCAUGCGCCUUCGCUCGAGACGUUGAUCUCGCGCUUGCGUGUCCGCGGGUUCGGCUGCCUGGUCGCGGUGAUUUGUGCGACGCAGACCAAUCUUCGCGUGUAUUCUUACUUCCUCUUCGACUCGGCCCAGUGGCCUCUGCUGUUGGCCUCGCCGUUUUCCCGCGCAGAGAUGAAGCGCGGGGCCUGUCUCCUCCGGCGCGAGAAGCGGCGCGACGGAGAGGAAGGCGGCGAGCGAUUGGCAAGGCGCGAAGAGACAGGAGAGGGACUUGAGGAUGAUCUCGGCUCGCAGGGGACAAGGCGACAAAGGCCGGUUUACUCCCUGGCUGUUGAAGACGAAGACAGCGGAAAAGAGGAGGAAGACGAAGAGGAGUCAGAUGCUCGAGGAGUCUGGUUUGGAGAAGGAGACGACCGCAGCGAGAGAGAGAUGCCGAAGCGGCGGGGGUUCGGAGGCGAACGAGGCGAGCGCGCGGAGGCGCACGAGCAGGAAAGAGGUACUCGCCACGGGGAAAGUGACGGCGAAGAUGAAAACGGAAGGUCAUGGAUCUUCCAACAGAAACGGGGAGGACGCGCCACAGAUCUGUUCGACUUCGUCGAUGCAACACAUGCGGCUGUCGCCGCCUCCCCUGGGACAUGUGGGGUGUCUCUUCGCUCUCGUGGGUUGGCGGAUGCAUUUCUUGCUCCGAGCGGCUUCGAGAGACCGCGAGCUGGCCGACGGCGUCAGGGCCGAGGCAGAAACGAGGGGGGAGACGGCGCCAAGAGGCGCUUCGAAUCGAGUGGGAAUAUCCUGCUUCGAGUCUCCCAGCGCGAGGCUGUAGCUGCGGUCAACCGGUCACUGUCGGCAAGCUUUUUCGCUUCGGUCAGCAGCGCAGCAGCUGCGAACGGAGACGGAGGAGAAUGGCGAGACAUGGACCGACCGACAGCCGAGGCCGGAGCGGCAGAAGGGAACGACGACGCUUCGCUCUUCUGCGCAAGAAUGUUUUCAAAGCUCUCUCAACUCGGGUCGGAGAUCGCGUCCUCGGCCCGCAACAGAGAGGCGGAGAGCGUUGCUCGUCGCUUGAGGGCGGCGGCGAGGAGGGAAGCAGAACGCGGGAGAAGAAGGCCGAGAGAAAAAGACGAGCGCGAGGAAGAGGAGCAUGCAAAGAGGCUCGAUGACAGCCUGCUUCGCCAGGCUAUGCUCGGCUACGCAGGUGUCUGUCGUGAGACAGCGGCAGGGGCGUCUGGAGUAUCUUCGCCGAAGCGACAAGAAUAUCUCGAAGAUGACUUCCUAGACCGCGCACCUCUCCUCCCGCUUCUUCUGCGCCUCAUCGACGUCCUCCUCGUUCGCUUUCCGCCUUCGCAUCCCGCCGACUCAGGCGAACUUCUUUCGCUUCUUCACCUUUGGAUCCAGGCAACGCACGAAAGCCCGUCGUCGCUAUCCUCUUCUCUACCGUCUUCUCGUCCUUCUUGCCCUGCUUCGUCGAAGGCAGCGAGUGCGGAGUGGAGAUGGUCUUUGCGACUCUUGGUUCUUCGUGUCUUCCAGUUGAGAGGCGACGCCCUGACGCCCAUCGCCUUAGAAAAGGGGAGAGAGAAGAGCCUCGUGGAGUUUGCGCUAGACACCUGUCUAGACACCCGGUUUGCGGUCGACGGACUCCUGCACUAUUUGCUGAGUGUCUAUUUGAGACUCCUCGCGCUGCUCUUCCAUCGUUGCGACUUCCUGCUGUCUCUCAACGGGUUUGCCUCGCCUUUUCCGCCCUCGGCCGGAAGCGCGGAGAACCUCUCCCCCGACCUCCCAGCCGUCCUCGUCUUUCCUGGCCUCCGCCUGUGGCGGUUUCUGCUGUACGUACACCCCGACGCGCUCGCGUACACCGCGGCCUUCCGGCGCACCGGCUUCGCUCUCGCAGGCAUUCUGCUGACGGCGCCUCAAGGCAGGAGGUGCUACCGAGACAUUGUGACAGCGAGGCCGCUCCAGUUCUUUUCCCUCCUGGCGCAAGCCCUCGACUUCCCCUCUCUUCCCGUGGCGCGGCAAGCUGCGACUCUCGCGGUAGCUCUUCUCACUCUCCCGCCCCCGGUUUCCUCUGCUCACUCGGCCUCUUCGUCGUUCUCUGCAACGCAGCUGGAUCGGCUGCGCAACGCACAGAGGCUCCAGGGCCAGAACGUCGUUCUGCUGCUUCAGAUCCUUUCCAAAUUCUCAGAGAUGCUGGCGCACGAAAAGGCGCUUCUUCGAGGCGAGCGCGUUUCGAUUCUUGGCGUGCCUCCCUCGCUCGCGUCCCGCGCCUCCUCGCCUUCGUCUUCCGCUUCUCUCUCGUCUUCCACUUCUCCCUCUUCUUUACCUUCUUCUUCUGCGAGAGUUGUGUCUGAGAGCGUGUAUCGCUAUUUCUACGACGGACGUCUCUUUUCGCUUCUCGCGGAGUUUCUUCCGCACCUGCCGCUCUUCUUUUUGGGCCCGAAUACCCGAGAAGCGCCGGCCUCCGCGCGGCGUCUCUUUCUCGGCCUUCUCGACCUCGUCACGCCUCUGCAGAAAUCCCUGACGAGCACAGAGGCGGCGGGGACAGGGGCGGAUCGGCGUCGCCUCGACAAACUCAUCGCCCUCCUUCGCAUUCUGGAGACGACGUGCGCCACUCCCAUCCGAGGCGGCCGUCAGGCAAGCGGGGAAGAAGAGCCAGACACCCCAGGGAGCGGAGAGGACGGGAGCGGUCAAGACGCUCGCGAGGAAGCGCAAAUCGCAAGCGAAGCAGAAGACGUGAAGGCGCUGAUUGUUCGUAGCGGCCUGGAGGUCGAGCGCAAGGCCGAAGCGGUGAGGAAGCUGGAGCGCCCGCCGAUGCCCGCGGACGCGACGGCGAGUCCGGAGAGAGACCCGAGCGCGGCAAAGGCUCCACCACUCGGUGACGGGGCGCGCGAAAGAGAAAUCGGAAUCGCGGAGGAAAAGACGGUUUUUGACGAAGACGAAAGCCGAAAGGCGGAUGAGAACACGGAGGCGAACACAAGCGAACCGUGGACAGAUGCGGCACGAGUGGAUGAACUCUUACUCGAGUGGCAAAACCAGCAGAGAGAAGCAACCCUGAGAGCUUUAGGUCCUCUAUGGCCAGCGCUCUUCUCGCAUGCAUCUGAAAGCGAAUCGGCGGCUCUCGCGCCCUUGCACGAGGCCGCAGCGUCGCUCAUCUUCUCUCUCCUUCCGUUCUUCCCUGAGGACCACCCUCCGCUGGUUGCCUGUCUCUCCGAAAUGGCUGCGGCGGCUGACGCGCUCACCAGAUCGCUCGCGUCUUCUGAACGGCCUGUCUCUCUCGCCGCUGUCUCCUCCGCCCCUGUCUCCUCGCCCGCCGCCACGCGCUUCCUCCUACUCCACUUCGACAUCUGCGCGUGGCUCUACAGUCACAGAGAGAGCUACGCAAACAGCGCGUAUGUGCGCGACGUCCUCGUUCGCCAAAUCCCCCUUCCGGACCUGCAACGCCGCCAGAGAAGGUUCUUUUUCAGCCCGCGCCGCCAAAGGCUUCCUGUGCUUCCAACCGCGCCUCUCGAACGCGCAACGGAACUGCUUUCUCACUUCCUCUCUCCAGUCUCGUCUGCCUCCAUGGUUCCGCUCCUCGCCGACGCGAUCGCGACGGCGCCUCAGGCAUUUGCCCGCGGUGUACGUACACCCGCCGGCGACGCCGGAGGGGCUGUUGAGGUGCAAAAUCUCGCUUCCCUUUUCGCUCCUUUCGGCUCGUAUUUUCCUUUCAAAAAUGCAUCCAAUGCCCCGUUUUCAAAUCCUACGGCGACCGCUGCAGAGCCGCUGCAAGAUCGAGGCUCUCGGUUUCCCCGCCUCCUGCCUCUUCCUGCUCCGCCUCAGGCCUGGGCACGUGGAACGCCCCACAGCGCCCGCCUGCGCGCCGAAGUGGGGCGCGUCGUUCACACCCUAUAUCUCCUCCAGAGACUCACGCUGUCUCGCUUCGACAAAGAAGAGAUGCAUGCACGCGUCGGCCAAGCGGCUCCAGCACACCUGCCCUCCUCGGCGGCAUCUGCGCCAGGUGCGAGGCGCCGCAGCGGACAGAAAACACCCAUGGCCGGCCUUCUUCUCACUCUAUCCGCGGCUCUGCCUGCGGUCCUAGACGGCCACUUCCCCGCGGUGGUCCCGCCAGGCCCCGGAUCACCUUUUCAGUACCGCGGAUCCCUUUUAGCGGACGUGUCUGAGGAUUCUGCCGACGGGGCAAGACGCGCUGACGAGGCGAGAGAUGGGGCGGAAGGCAGGGAGGUAGGCGCGGCUGAGGGGGCGAGGACAGGAGAAAACCUGGAGGGGGUUUCGCCGUUCCAGAAGCGACGGAUUGAUCGCGACAACCAUCCAGUGGAUGGGCAACACGCGUCAAUCGCACUGACCCGUUUGCUCGGCGCCUCGCUGAACUUGCGAGAAGAAACGCCGGUGAAGAUGCGCCGAGUUCCGACCGUGAACGGCGACAGCCCGGCCUUCUCGGCGCGGGGUCACGGACCGCGACGCGGUGUACGUACACCCCAAGAGCUGGCACUUUUCCCGCCAGUCACUUGGCAAGACGUUUCCGGAUUUCGUGAGUCCGCGUCAUCGGGUUCCGUUCGGCCUUCCUUCUCCCGGCUCUCUGAAGCCGUCGCCAGUCCGUUUCCCGAUCCCUCGCUCUUGGGCGCUUCCUCGGCUUCGUCGUCUCUGGACUCGCGAUCCACUUGGCAAUUCUCCCACGAUGUUCCCGGAGCUUGCGUCGCGAAGGCAACUGCCAUCGCGAAGCAGGUGCGUCUGUCGCUCGCGCGGCGCCGCGCCGCAGACCGCAGAGAGGCGCAAAGACGCGGCGAGGGAGUCUCGGUUUGCCUUAUUCUGCCCUCGCUCGCGAUGCGCACAAGGCGCGCACAGGGAGCCUUCGCGUCGACUGUCCACGCCGACGAUGAUGCACUUGUCUUUCGGGUGUCUGUCGAGGACGUGCUCGACUGCGUCGGAUGGAUGUGCCGCCUCGACUCGGGAUUUGCUUCGCAGUUCGCUCUGGACGCGCUGCGAGGUCUAUACGAGGCCGCCGUCUCCCCGACAGCUGGUGCUUCGGCACUGGCGGCGGCAGAGGCCUUCGAAGGGAGUGUCGGCCGAGCUCUGGACCUCUGUGGAAGAGCGUUCGCCUCCUGCCACGGCUCACUCCUCUCCCUGCUUUUGCAGCUCGCCUGUGAAUUCAGGCCCUCUGCGAUGUCGCGCUGUCUCUCGCCGUCUGCCGUCUUCGCGUCAGCGGUGUCUGCCGGAGGCCAAGGCGAGAGACACGAGAGCAGGGAGCUUCUCAGCAGCGGUCUCCGCCUGCUCAGUCAGUGCGUGGCAUGUUCGCUCGAGGUCUGGCUUCGACGCAGGCUCCAGGAUCUGCAUGUGUUUUGGUCUGAUGGUGGAACCGCGCGAAGCACUGGACGCGGCGACCGUCCGCCGAAGAAAGGCGGGGAAGGCCGGAGGCGCGAGGACGUUUUCGACAACUUUGGCGGUUUCGAGUCCCUUCUGGACACUCAGGGAGAGGCCGUGCGAAGCCGCAUUUGCGCAGAGGCGGGCGCGCACAUUCGGAGACUCGCCAAGCCGCUCAUUCUCACUUUUCGGCUGUCGAGACACCUGGCAGACGACCCCGGAAGGGACUCGGAGGGGGUGUAUCGACACCAGACGCAGGCGCUGUUGCGAUUUCUGAUAGAUGAAGGCGUCUUCCGACGGCUCGUUCGCCAGGCGCUCGAAUCGUGGGCAGCCGGACAGGUCGAGGAAGGAGAGAAGAUGAUGAGGAACCUGUACGCAGUUCCAGAGAGGCGCCUGCUGCGCUCUGUGGAGGUGGACGAAGAGAGCGAAGAGAGCGAUGAAGAGGGAGAACGGAAGCGAGAGAGGUCUGUGGAGGACACCGAGGAUGACGCCAGGCGCGUUGACGAGCUCGGUGAAAGGCUUCGAGGCGGCGACGACAACGCAGGAGACGAAGAAGCGGCGUGGCUUCUGCGGGAAGUGCAUGUGGCCAGCCUGCAACGGCUCGCCAGGUGGGAAGACAUCUUUGAUCUGUACACUGCGAAAGCUGUCGGCUGCCUGCGUGCGGCGAAGAGUGCCUUCGACGAUUCUUCCUUUUCUCCGCCUUCUGUUGGGGAGGAAGCCUGGCGCGCGAGACAUUGUGAAACGGACAAAAGAGACGACCGUCAGCUUUCUUCGCUGUCUCCUCACGGCGCCCUACACCUGCUUAGGGUGGCAGAUGCUGCGCCUGUGCGCGCAGCCUUGUUUGUUGAACUUCUUCAAAAUCGCAGCGAUGCCUCGGCGUGCCUCGACGACCUCAGCAGCCUCCUCCUGGACAUGCGCGAGCAGGACAUCGCUUCGUUGAUCGGCGCCGAGAACGGCCUCAGCGAUCGCGCGUCUCCCUUUGUGGGCGUUUCCCUUCGACAGUCGCCUCGGCUUCUUCUUCUACUCGCGAUGCAUCUUCUCCAGCAGCGCUCGGGGAUUCCUCCUUCCUGUCGACUGUGUCUCUCGGAACGCCUCCCCACCGCGCUCCUCCCGGUCCUCGCCGAAGCAUUUCCGUCCCCCUGGCGCGGGGCUGUCGCCGCUUCUUCCCUCGCUCUUCUUCGCCUCGCGCGCGACGCCGAACGGCUUCUUCUCGCCUUCUCGUCCUCUGCAGUGUCGCCGUUUCUUCCCGGGAUUUGGUCCCUCGUGGGGACACCUGUUCUCGCGGCUCGGCGCCCUCCUGCCGCCGCGCUGUCUCCGCUCGCCCUCUGUCUUUCCCACGUCUUUUCUCCGUUUGUGGCAGACUCGCCGGCGUCGGCCGCCUCGCGAUCCCCGCUCGGUGCGCUGCUUUCCUUCCAGCGUGGACCCGAUCUGUCGCCUCGAAGCGGAUCGCUCGGCCUCGCCGAUUUAUGUGACCAGACGCUGGCGGUUGUUUCGUGUCUCCAGGCGCUUCGCGUCGAAGAGGCGCAAGACAGAGACUUCACGCGAGACGCGACGCGGGCUGGGGACGCGCGGAACAGCCGAUCCCGAUCCGAGGCGAGAAGGCGACAUCAGCUUCAUACAGAAAAGGGGGAAGAAGAACUGGAAGCGAAAGAAGAAAGGGGAGACGGGAGUCCUCCCUCGCUCGUUUCUUCGUGUCUUGCUUUCGUUACUGCAUGCGCGGCGACUUCUGCGGCGAGACGCCUCGCGUGGGGAGGGUACCUCGAGGCGAGCAGUGAGAUGAUGAAGGCGAGUUUGCACAAGCAGAGAGAGCGGGUGGCGGCGAUCGACGAGGCAGAGACGCGCGCGGUCGCAGAGCCGAGACAGCGGGGCUCCGAGCCUCCAAACAGUUGCCUGUUCGCUUCCGCUUCCUGGGUCGAUCCUGGCGCCUUCCAAACAAUCAUUGAAAUGAAGUUGCAGGAAGUUGCACAAACUGGAGAUGUGCGGAAAGCCGGUCACAUCGUCCGCCUGUGUCGCGCAGAGCUUGCUCGCGACCACCGGAUGUCGGGCGAGAGAGACGAACGGGAUUUUCUGAGUUUCUUUCUCUCUGCGCACCAGCGAAGCGUGUGGAACGCAGAUCGCAUGUUUCGCAUCCACAAGCUGCUCGUGCGCGCGCGAGAGAUGACCCUAACCUUUGAGGCAAACCGCGUCUUUGGGAGCUGCGCAGAAGGGCGAGUGACGCCGCGGCGCCUCGCGUCGAGUGUGUGGACACCCUGCUGGCGCGAGGCGCUCAGUCUGCGGCAAAGAGCAGAGGCGCCUGCAGCACAUGCAGGCGGGGAGGGCGAUGCACGCGAUGAAUCAACAGGCGAAGGAGAAAGUAGAGACGAGAGGGGCGAGGAACGGGCGUGGCCAGAGACUGCGGAGCAGUUUCAUCACUCAAUGUCGCGAUGCGGCGUGAAGUGUGACGCUCGACUUCAAGCAGAAAGGGUGCACGAGGCGUACUGGGAAGUUGCUCGCGUAGCGCAGGCGCUUCUGAGUUUCAGACAGCGGCAAGAAGAAAAGCAAAAGACCAACAGCGACAGAAACGCGUGUGAUGGCGGCGCCGACGCCGGGGAAGAUGCGACACAGAAAGACGAAGAGCUCUGGGACCAUGUAGAGGAGGAGUUUUGCUUGUCGGUGCUCCGGCUGUUGAAAGAAGACGUCUCGUCCUCGCCAUUUUCGCGAAAGGCGCGUGAAGCCUUUCCAGCGGUUCUCUUUCUUCUCGCGCGCGCUUCAGAGCCCUCCGCCUCGUGGGCUGUAUCGCCGGCGUCUCCUGCGGUCUCCGCGCGCUCCAGAGCUCCGCGGGUCCACGACGGGAGCGAAGCGGAAGCGAAGAUCACCGAGGGAGAAGAAGCAAAGGACGAAAGGCAGCGCGAGACGAAGAACGUCAAAGGAGAGAGAGAAGAGACCGACGACGACAUGGAAGAGCGCGCACAGGGAGAUCGGCGGUGGGGAGUCGAGGGCCCGCGCGAGGAGAUAAAGGAGGCGCGUGCGGAUUCGGAACAGCUGCGGGGCCAGGGAGCAGCGGGAAGGAGAGAGGGAAAAGACGACACUCGAGAGCGACGCCUCGAGGCGUUUUUUUUUACCUGCCGGCGCCUGCUUUCUCAAGUACCUUGCUGGACGCUCUUGGCCGUGCUGGAGCCUGCGCUCGCUUUCCUCGCGACAGACAAACGGGGCCUCUUCAGAGAGUGUCUUUUUCCCCUCCUGCUGAAGACUGCAUGCGCCUACCCACAGACCGUUGUCUACCCUUUGAUGGCGACAGCGCGCGCGCCUCUCGCGCCUCUGUUUGUUGCCGCCGCCGACCUUCUCCAGCAGCCAGGGCGGAGAGCUGAGCAGCGGCUUCUUCUCCCGUUCCUUUCUCUGCUGCGCUCCGAAGUCGCCAAAGCGAGGCGAGCAGCCGCUGAAGACAAAAACGAGGAAAAGGCGCGACAACACGCGAAGCAAAAGGGGAGGAACGAGACGGCCCGCAGACGUGCCGACGGCGAGGAGGCGACGCUCGCGACAGAGAUGGAGUCUCCGCCGCGUGUUUCCCGAGCGGGUCGCCGUGCGCUGCGCAGCCUCUGGAGGCAGGCGACCGACGACGCCAUUCUCCAGGAGCAUCACGCUCUCCUCGGCGAUCGCAUUGGAACCUUCCACAGGCACUUUGCCGCCAAAAUGAAAGCUUUGGAGAGUUUUCCCCUCGCGCAGCUCCAGCGGUUCUUUUCCAGCUUGCGGCGGGCGGUCGACGAGGCGCAGAGCGCCGUCUUCUCUUCUUUGGAUUCGGCGGAAUCGAAACGGCGACGCCGCGCCGGGGGCGUGUCGGAGCGUCUGCGUGACUUGUGCAUCUGGCUAGAUGAAUACGACGGACACAGCCUCGGCCUCAGCGGUCUCUCCUGGUCGCCCUCGCCGGCGGCCUCGGACCCGGUCGUCACUCCUUCUCCGUCCGCGCUUCUGCACGAUUAUUCUUCGUCCUCCUCGCCUUCUCCAGCUGCCCGCCUGACCCUCGGCGCCUCUCCUCCAGGUUCCUCGUUUGUCGCUCCCCGCGCUCUUCCACCGACUUCGCGAUUCUCCCUCGCGGUGCCGGGGCAGUUCGCAGGCGCGGCAGGCGAGCGGCGAGUCGAGGAGACAGUCUCCGUCGUUAAUUUCCUCCCGGAAGUUUUUGUUCUUCGCUCCAAGCAAAGUCCGUGUCGCCUUUCGAUUCUCGGCUCCAACGGGAAAAUGUUUCGCUUCCUGUGCAAAAGUGGAGAAGAUCUGCGCGUGGACCUCCGAGUCCAGUCUCUCCUUCGAUCUCUCAAAUGCCUGGCUCUCACUUCCCGUCUCGCUCCGGACCUCGCCUCCCCCCCCUCACCUGUCUCCGCUUCGCCGGCUGUCUCUCGCUCCCCUCCGUCCGCUUCUCUCGUCUCUCCUGCCACCGUCUCUCCAUGCGCGGCCUCGCCGUUCUCUCUCUUGCGCACCUACGCCGUCGUCCCGCUCUCGGUUCGCCACGGGCUGCUGGAGUGGAUCUCCUGCACGCGGACACUCAAGCACGUCGUCGAGGCGUUUUCCGCUGCCUUCCUCGCGGCAGAAGGCGACCGAGAAAGGCCGAGCCGGCCUCGCCCGUGUCUCCAACUCGCCGCCGCCUCAAGACGCUUUCGCCGCUUUCUCGACGGCCUUGCGCGCGAUGCUGAGGCGCGAGAGAGCCGCACGCGAGAGACUGCACGCCAACGAGGAGGUCGGGAGACGGAGCGAGGGGAUGCGCCAGGAGAGCGGCCGUUCGGCGAGGAGACGGGACGGAUCCGGAGAACAGCAAAACGGCUGCGAGGCCCAUACGAGAAGCGGACGUGCGAGGAGGAAUCGGACGAGGAGAAGCCGUCAAGCAGAAAGAGGCCGGAACGGGAUGCAGACGGCAAAUGCGACGAGGAUCGCUCGCCACGAAGCGCCAAAGACCGGAACAACACGUCGGAGGCGGAGGCGGCGUCAGCGAAGGACGUGCAGUUACGAGGCAUCCACGGCUCGCCGGACGCCUCCCGAGAAGCGUGCGCGAAAGGCGAUGCAUGCGCGAAUCACGCGCCCCGCGAAAAAACCGAAGAAACCGCGUUUCUCCACGACAGAGAAAAUCCUCAAGACGAGGCGACCCUGGACGCCUCGCCGAUCGCCCAACUGUGGGCUGACGUGUAUCGACAGCCGGCGUCGGUGAUUGAGGCUGUGUUUCUCGACUGCGUGCAGCUCUCAGACACCCCUGCUGGCGCCGGCGUGACCAGUAGGGCGAGGCCUUUUGCGCAGUCUGCUCUGAAGGAUUCCGAACGAUUUCACAGUUUCGUUCCACCUUGCCAUGCGCUCACGGCCUGUCUCGCAGCCCUCGCAGGAACUGCCUCAGAGUUUUUUCUUCUUCGAGGAAAAUUUGCUGCUGGCCUCGCCGCCGGAAGCGCGGCCGGCUACAUCCUUGGCAUCGGCGACCGACACCUGGAAAACUGGCUCCUCGAUUUCAGUUGCGGGGAACUUAUCCAGAUCGACUUCGGGUACGCGUUUGACUCCGCGGUAACGGAUCUUCCGGUCCCCGAUCUGGUUCCGUUCCGUCUCUCCCCUGCGCUGCUCCACGCAGUCGCCCCGCCGGGCGCUGCCUCGUACCUCUUCAACUUCCUCUCGGUCCCCCCGCGAGACAGACGCGGGCACAUCCCGAACUGGACGCCCCUGAACGGAUGCGUCAAAGGCGCGCUCGGAGACUUCGGCGCUGCACUCGCGCAUGCCCUGCGCGAAGUCCGCACAGCCACGUUCGCCCUCGAGGCUCUCGGCACCGUGCUUCUCAGGAACCCUCUUCUAGAAUGGCAUCAAGCGGCGGAAUCGCGCGUUCGGCUGGGCGACGUGCAGAAAAACCCGAAACGCCUUUCUCCUCGCACGAUCGCCCGAGGCGCGAAGCACACGGCCGAUACAGAAGGGACGACGCGAAGCGUCAGUGAGGGACCCGCCGGGGACAGAAAGGAGACGACAGACGAAGCCCCGGCAGCACAUAGAGGACAGAGCGAAGGGAGAGAAGAAAAGGAACGGACAUGCCAGGCAUCUCGUCGACCUCUGAGCGGUACGUUUUCUCUCUCCGGCUCUGUCGAAGCGACUUCUGGAACGCGGUCGAGUCGGGAGAGCCUCGCCGACGCAGCCUGCGAUUUUUCUCUCCAUCGCGGAUGGUUCAAAAACAGCCGACGCGUACCACGGCAUGCGCCCCGUCGUUUGAAGAGCAAAAUGCAUGAGGAGCAUUCGGAAGAAAGCGAGGACGAGAGCGAUGUGGAAACACCAACGCGUGAGAGCCGGGACGGGGCGAGAGUGGAGGACGACAGUGACAACGAGAAGAGGGAGGCGGUUGUUCCUGGCGACCAGGAAACGGAAACCGAAGGAGAGGAACAGGAUGCAGAGGACGCUGGAGAGAGAGGAACAGUUGAGGCAGUCGCGGAGCGCCGCGUUUGGAUCAUGCGGCGAAAACUUCGUGGAGAGCAUCCGUGCGCGAUUCUCCGCGACCAGCUUCGAACCCACGUCCAUGUGUACGUACGCGCCGCAGUGGCAGAUCAAACGUCGCCGCUUUCGGGAAUCCUCUCAGGAGCCGAGCCGCUCCGACCUCGAUUUUUUCUGUCUUUUCCCACGACCCGCGAGCGAGCACAGGCGGCGGAGGAAGGACGUCUCCGCGAGGGCGGCACUCGAAUACCACAGCGCGGAUAUCGAGAUCCAGAAAAACCACAAGAAGCCGGGGACGGGAAAGACCGCCUGAAGGCGCCGACGCCGAGGGAGAGAGAGGCGGAAACAACGACUGGGGAGGCUCAAUCGCACAGUCCGUGUCUUAGUCCAGAAGAACAGGCGGUUUGUCUCCUUGAUCUGGCUGUGGACCCGAAUGUCCUCGGCCGUGCUUGGAGCGGCUCUCUUCCCUUCAUCUAG